GGAGGAAUGGCGACGGUCGAGACGGAUUUGGAGGCCAGAGUAGACCUGAAUGUGACCAAACAGAAGCCGAACACAGGUUAGAAUCAAUUUCCUUCCAAUGGAGAGUCUGAAAAUGGAAACAGAGGUGACAGUGUCCUCCUCAGUGAGCGUGGUCUCCUCCUCUGCUACCCAGACUACCAUCUCUCAGGCCACCCUGGCAUCGAAGCAGAGAGACGGCCGAAAACCCACAGCCACGACUCCCCCCUUCCUCUCCAACCUGGGGAGGGCCACCCUGCGGGGGAUUCGCAAGUGUCCGCAGUGUGGCGUCUACAACGGCACCCGCGGGCUUAGCUGCAAGAACAAAGCCUGUGGGAUUUCCCUCAGAAAUGCUUCUACCAAGGCGGGCAGGAAAAGCAAGAAAUGUGGAGUGGAGGUGGUGAAAGUGAUAAUAGACAGUGAGGAGAGUGUCGGGAAAGAGGGUGCAGGAGGAGUCCUUGGUGGCGGCUCAGGUGGAGGAGUCCAGGUGUUUUCAGUGAGUCACAAAGGAAGAGGAGCCACAGCGACACAGCUGGGCUUUGUUGAACUCGUCCCCACGGAUACGGCUAUAGCUACAGGAGACGGUGCCACCCUGCUAACUCGCAUCAACCUGGGGCGCUGCUUCUUGCCCUCAUGCAGGCAGGGUCAAAGGUCAAAUCAGGGCGAGACAGAAUCAGUGGUGGCAGGUUCAAAACAGUCCUCCGACAGCCUCUGCGUCCACAUUAAACAAGCGAUUGAGUGUCAGAGUCGCGCAACACCGCUGACCUUAAAGAGCUCCGUGCUGGAGGGGCUGCAGGCCUCCAUUCAAGCCAAGGAGGAGCUGUGGAGGCUGGCCACGGAGUCUCCUGGCCCCCUGGUGCAGCGCGUGGCAAAAGACACCCUGGUGGUGAAGUGCCACACAGAUUCCCAGCAUCCUCUGGGGCUGCUGCAUCUCACUGUAGGAGCAGGGGGACUGUCGGAGGUUAAGAUCGAGGGGAAGGGCAGAGAGCAGCAGCACACGGUGUGUCACUGCGCCUGUCAGCUCAGCAGCAGGAGAGGUAAACCUGGUGCUGAUGGAGCAGGUGGAUCGUCCGCAAACUCUCUUCCUCCAGCUCCAAGCUCACAGCCCUGCCUUCACUUCUACGCCUGUGUGUGUGCCUUUGCAAGCGACGAGAAACUGGCAACAGAGUUUGCUGCUUUCAUCAACUACACCCCGAGUGGUGUGCAGCAGAACGCCACCAGUAGGCUCUUCAGUCUCAGUGAGAAGCCUCUGCAGCAGGUCGAACCCUUCAUCUCUCAUCACACAACAAAGAAGCUUCGCCUGGAUGAUUCUCUCUCUGCCCCCUCAGUGGCCUCUCUCUCUGGGUUGGGGAUGGAGGCAGUGUCAGCCCCCGGCCUGAGGAAAGCUGGUCAGAGGAAAGCCCCCGGUGCUGGGGGGCUGAAGGCUCCAGGCAGUACGCAGGCUGUGGAUGAGCGUACGCUGACCAUGGGCUUCCAGCAGUGGCUGGCCAGCGUCACAGAGAGGAUCCACCAGACCAUGCACUACCAGUUUGAUGGGAAACCUCAGCCUCUGGUGUACCACGUCCCCCAGGAGUUCUUCAACGCUCUGCAGCAUCGCCUGUCGCUGGGCUCCAAGAAGAGGAGGCUGCCCAACUUCACGACAGCGUUUGUGAGGAAUGAUGGACUUCCUCUCGGCUCUUCCUCCAAGUACACCUGGCACAUCACCAAUCUCAUGCAGGUCAAACGCAUCUUUGACACCUCAGAGCUGCCUCUGGCGCUCUCUCAGAGCUUUGUAAAAAACGCUGACAGCUCGUAUUCACGCUUUCACUGCCCUGAGCCUCCGCCUGAAACAGAACUACCAGAUGGAUUCAGAACAGAUCGGCCGCAGGCUAUACGACCGAUGGAGCUCCGAACCUUCCUCAAAGUUGGACCAGCGGAUCAGAAGGAUGCCUGUCCGUUUGUGAUCGAGUGGAUCCCUGACGUUUUGCCUCGCUGUCAGAUGGGGGAGCUCAGGAUCAGCUUCGAAUUUGGACACCAGCAGAGCGGCCAACCGGAGAUCUGUGACAAAACGAGUGUGGCAGAGAAAGGAGGUUCUAAUAAAUCCGACUCAACCCAACCCAAACUCACAAAGGCUGCUGAAAUCCUUCUGGUGGUUGUGUAGUGACAGUAAUCAGUGUCAAACCUGCAAUAAUCCAUUUAACUGCCUCUGGGUUUAAAGAUAUGGAUUAAUUAAGCAAUCACACACGAGAGGCCGUUCUUGAACGUCAUUCUCGGUCCGUACGCCUGUACUGGAGUACCAAUAAUGACGUUCAAGAACGGCCUCAAGUGUAUGAUUGCGAUUCUAUUACACAAACUAU